AAAUGCUGUUUUCUUCUUGGAUUCUCUCUUCUUCUUCAUUUCUUGAUUGAGAGAGAGAGAGAGAGAGAGAGAGAGAGAAUGAAUGGAAUGAGGGGUCUGCUGUCAAACAAGGUAGAGAGAGGAGAAAUCAGAGCAGGAGACCACAUUUACACAUGGAGAGCUGUCUAUACUUACUCUCACCAUGUAUGCCUUUUUUCUGCAAUCCUGCCGGUCAAUUUCAAACGAGUGCAGGUAUUUACGUUGGAGGGAGCAAGGUGGUUCAUUUUACACGUGAAAAAAACACUUCUUCAGAUACCGAUACAUCACCCGCCUCUAACGGUUUUAGUUCAAAGCUGCCAUCUUCCUGUUCAACCUUCCCUGACUGCGGAUUCAGGCAGCCCAACAGUGGUGUUGUUCUCUCUUGCUUAGACUGCUUCCUUGGCAGUGGGUCCCUCUACUGUUUCGAGUAUGGAGUAGCACCGUCUGUUUUCCUUGCCAAAGUCCGUGGUGGGACGUGCACAACUGCAGAAUCUGACCCUUCUGAAACGGUGAUCCACAGAGCAAUGUAUCUGCUCCAGAAUGGGUUUGGGAACUAUGAUGUGUUCCAGAACAACUGUGAGGACUUUGCGCUCUACUGCAAGACAGGCCUUCUGGUUGCAGAGAAUGCGAGUGUGGGAAGGAGUGGCCAAGCUUCAUCAUUCAUUGGUGCCCCACUGGCAGCCAUCCUGUCCUCUCCUUUGAAGCUAUUCAUGGCGGGUCCUGUUGGGGUGGCCACAGUUACUGCUGGGAUGUAUUGUGUGAGCAGGUAUGCUACGGAUAUAGGCGUUAGGACGGAUGUGAUCAAGGUGCCAGUGGAAGACUUGUCUGUGAACCUUGGGUGGAUGGGUUCUCAUCAGGAAGUAGCCGAAGAAAGGGAGGCAUCUAAGAAUGGGCGUAUGGAACAACAGACGUCCAGGUAGUAUGGCCCACAUGCAGGCAUUUGAUGUAGGCGCCUGUGUGAUUGUCAUUAAUUGGGUUAUCGCUAGAAAGAAAAGAAAAGAAAAUAAAAAAUCAUUGAUGUCAUUAAUAAGUUGAAAUGUCUACUAGUUGGUUGUGAGUUGUUGAACAAUGGAACCAACUGAUGGGAAAGUUGUUUAUGGAUUGGAUUGUAAUUUGCAUGACUAUUUGGGAUUGGUGGGAAUUUGAAAGAGGUGACUGAUGAUCUUGCUACUUGUUA